AGAGGGAGUGGGGGUACUAGCUGGGGGGUUAGCGUGGUGUUCAGAGAGGGCAUAGCAGAGCGAAAAGCUCAUUCAGGCAGCAGGUUGCAUCGUGACACCUCAUUGUUGCUUCCAUCCUGGCAUUUGUGCAACAUCAUGACAGGUGACACGGAGGACCAGAUGAAGGUGGAGGCCUCCAAUGGACACAGCAGACCACUGGACGUUGUGUCCAAGGUGAAGGAGGAGAAAAUGACAGACAGGGGUGAGUGGGGCAGCAAGAUGGAGUUUAUCCUGUCUGUGGCCGGAGAAAUCAUUGGCUUGGGCAACGUGUGGCGUUUUCCUUAUCUCUGUUACAAGAAUGGAGGAGGUGCUUUCUUCAUCCCGUAUCUCAUCUUCCUGUUUGCUUGUGGGAUCCCCGUCUUCUUCCUGGAGACGGCGCUGGGACAAUACACCAGUGAAGGUGGGAUCACCUGCUGGAGGAAGACCUGCCCUUUGUUUGAAGGAGUGGGUUAUGCCACCCAGGUGAUUGUGGCGCUGCUGAACGUCUACUACAUCAUUGUGUUAGCCUGGGCCAUCUUCUACCUGUCCAACUCGUUCACCUGGGACCUACCUUGGGCCUCCUGCAACAACAGCUGGAACACAGCUUCCUGCGUGACAUUUCAGAGGGGGAACAGCUCCAUCCUUCCCCACGAGAACGCCACCUCUCCGGUUAUGGAAUUCUGGGAACGCAGGGUGCUAAGAAUAUCCUCAGGGAUCCAUCACAUAGGCUCUUUAAACUGGGACUUGGUGAUCUGUCUGGCCGUGGCCUGGGUCAUCUGCUACUUCUGCAUCUGGAAGGGCGUCAAGUCCACGGGCAAGGUGGUUUAUUUCACCGCCACCUUCCCAUACGCGAUGUUGCUGAUCCUGUUGGUUAGAGGCGUCACCCUGCCAGGAGCGUCACGGGGAAUCCACUUCUACCUCUACCCUGAUGUGGGACGGCUUGCUGACCCACAAGUGUGGAUGGACGCCGGGACUCAGAUCUUCUUCUCCUAUGCCAUCUGUCUGGGCUGCCUCACCGCACUGGGAAGCUACAACAAGUAUAACAACAACUGCUACAGGGAUUGUCUGUCGCUGUGCUUCCUGAACAGCGGCACCAGUUUCGUGGCAGGUUUCGCCAUUUUCUCCAUCCUGGGCUUCAUGUCGUAUGAACAGAACGUUCCCAUCUCUGAGGUGGCUGAAUCUGGUCCAGGUUUGGCCUUUAUAGCCUAUCCACGGGCUGUGUCAAUGAUGCCUUUCUCUCCCCUGUGGGCAUGCUGCUUCUUCAUCAUGAUUGUCUUCUUGGGACUGGAUAGUCAAUUUGUGUGCGUGGAAAGCCUGGUGACAGCCAUGGUGGACAUGUAUCCUUCCACCUUCCGACGGAAACACCGCAGGGAGCUCUUCAUCCUCGCCGUGGCUGUGGUCUCCUUCCUCAUGGGCCUCAUCAUGCUCACUGAGGGAGGAAUGUACAUCUUCCAGCUCUUUGACUACUAUGCGGCCAGCGGGAUGUGUCUGCUCUUUGUGGCCAUUUUUGAGACUGUUUGCAUUGCGUGGGUUUAUGGUGCCGAAAACUUCUACGACAACAUCGAGGACAUGAUAGGCUAUCGCCCGGGCCCUGUCAUCAAAUACUGCUGGAUGUUUUUCACCCCUGCGACCUGCUUUGGAACCUUUGCGUUCGCCUUGAUCAAGUACUCCCCUCUAAAAUACAACAAUGAUUAUGUGUACCCGUGGUGGGGCAACGGCAUUGGCUGGAUCCUUGCCUUGUCCUCCAUGUUGUGCAUUCCUUUAUGGAUGGCCUUUAAACUCUAUUACACACCCGGAACACUGCAACAGCGCCUCACUGUCCUGACCACCCCUUCUGCCGAUUUACCCAAAUCCAAACAAGAGCAGAAGUUGUUGUCCAUGUGCGAUGACGAUGACAGCCUCCAGCGGAAGGCCAAGGAUGGCUACUUGCGUGUGGAUGACAAGGAGUCCCAUUGUUAGACACCCUAAAGAUUGGGGAUUGGAGACUUAUCGGGGCGGGGUGACAGGUCGUUGACACCCAAUGCGAUACCUCACCACUUAAGACGGGACUUUUUGGGGAGUCAGCUGACCUGUUGCUGCUGCAUACUGACCGUGCCUUUAACAUGCAGUGUGAUGGUCACUGAUUUUACACGGUGGCUAAGACUUUUCAUGUGUCUGCUUUCUAAGGAAGCAUUUUUUUCUCUGUUGUGUGUGGACUUUUUACUUCCAAUCUGUACAUGUAUGGCUUCAUCGGUUGAAAAAGAAAAAAAUAUAAUCAUGAUAAUAAAC